AUGUCACCUGAAGCCCCUCCCCUCUUACUUCUUAUAUCCUCUCUGAGACUUGCUAGCGCAAUACCUUCACAGACGCAUUGGAAGGGUAAUGGGGACGUGGCAGUAAACAACAAAUGGGUAGACUAUAACGAAGUUGUUCCUCUCGCAGUAUCCCCCGGCUACGACCUCGACAGCGAGGUCAAAAUGACUUUAAAGCCGCUGAUCCACUCAUCGCAUAGGUGUGUUCCCUGCGCUGCGACUGACCCUGACUGGUGCUGCUGGGUAAGGUGA